UCCUCCUCCCCAGGAACGAUACAAUGGCGGCGCCAAGCGGCGAAUUUCGGAGCAAGAUCGCCAGGGUCGAUCGAUCGGGACAGGUAUUGGCGAAAUUCUCCGCGCUGCCGUUGGCGCCACGCUUUCUUGGUAGUUCAACCUAAAAGAAAGAUCCGCUUGAGCUCUUGGCAUGAUCCAGCGGAAAUGGUGAGCAGCGGCAGGGCGCGCCCCAAUCUCCAGCAUCUGCUGCUCGCCUUCUUGAUUCUCAUCUCCGUGGUGGGGAUCUUGCUCAGCGGCUCGGGCUUCGCCAGAUUCGACACCACCCCCGGCGGCGGGCGAGCCUUAGGUCCCAUCAUCGUCCCCAAGGAGGCGCUCGUCCAGGAGGGCGUAGAGAUCCAGGACCCGACCAUUGUCCGCGAGCGCACCAAUUCCUCCCUCUGGGCCCAGGGAAGAAACGCGCUGCCGCCGCGCAACAGUGAACUCUUCCCAGCGCUCGCCAGGGAUCACAUCAUCGUCGUGCUCUACGUCCACAACCGGCCACAGUACCUCCGGGUGGUGAUCGAGGGCCUCUCGCGCGUGGAGGGGAUCAACGAGACGCUCCUCAUCGUCAGCCACGAUGGGUUCUAUCCCGAGAUGGCGGAGCUCGUCGAGAAGAUCGACUUCUGCCAGGUAAAGCAGCUCUUCGCGGCCUACUCGCCACACCUCUUCCCCUCGUCCUUCCCGGGGACCUCUCCCGGCGAUUGCAAGAACAAGGACGAUCCGGUGGCCAAGAAGUGCGAGGGGCAGGCGGAUCAGUAUGGAAACCACCGCAGCCCGAGGAUCGUCUCGCUCAAACACCACUGGUGGUGGAUGAUGAACACCAUCUGGGACGGGCUUCCGGAGACUCGGGGUUACAACAGGCACAUAGUUUUCAUAGAGGAGGAUCACUACUUGUUCCCAAACGCGUACCGGAACAUCCAGACGCUGGCCAGGAUCACCGGCGAGAAGUGCCCGGAUUGCUGGGCCGUGAACUUGGCCCCCUGGGACGUCAAGAACCGGGGCGAGCGGGGGGACUUUCUCGUCGCCGAGAAGAUCGGAAACAUGGGAUAUGGAUUCAACCGGACGAUGUGGAACAAGCUCCACUCGAGCGCCGCCACCUUCUGCCACUUCGACGAUUACAACUGGGACAUCACGCUGUGGUCGUCGGUGUAUCCGUCCUGGGACGAGAAGGCUUACACUCUCCGGGGGCCGAGGACGAGCGCGCUACACUUCGGGCGGUGUGGUUUACACCAGGGGCACCAGGAUGGCAAACCCGAGUGCCAGGAUUUCACGCAGGAGCGCCCGCAAGUGGAUCCGGAGGACCGGAUCAUGAACAUCGAUCCCAGCUGGGAGGUCUCGCGGCAUGUUUAUAACUAUCCCCACAAGUUCACCGGGUGGGGGGGAUGGGGAGAUCGCAGGGAUCAGAAGCUGUGCAUGGAGUUUGCGUCCAUGUACCGCCAUCGCCAUCGCCUCUAGGAAGAAGAAGACGAAGAUAUAGAAACGAAGGAAAGGAAUUCCAUUCCAUACGCUAGCUAGAAAAGAGAACGUUUGAGAGAGAGAGAGAGAGAGGUUCAUACAGGGAGUGAAGUUUCGAUGGAAAACUUCUUCCAACACGCCAAAGAUUUUCAAUGCGGGAGAAAAGAACGAGAACUUCCAUUCAAA